AUGGAAAUGGAAAUGAAGAGAGAUGCAGUUGAAAGUAAUACUAAUGAUUCUGAGUUGCAAAGAGUUGGAAAUGAAGAUUCUUUAGGUUUUGAGAGAGCUGCAGAGGAAGAAGAUGAAGACUAUGAAUGUGAAAGAGUAGAAGAUUCUUUGAUUGAGGAAGCAAAUGAAGACAAUGAACGUGAAAUAGUAGAAGAUUCUAUGGAUUUUGAAAGAGUUGCAGUGGAAGAAGAUGAAGACUAUGAGUGUGAAAGAGUAGAAGAUUCUUUGAUUGAGGAAGAAGAUGAAGAUGGAGACAAUGAACGUGAAAUAGUAGAAGAUUCUAUGGAUUUUGAAAGAGUUGUUGAGGAAGAAGAUGAAGACUAUGAAGAUUCUCUUGCAGAGGAAGAAGAUGAAAAUGAUUUUGGACUGGAUUUUGAGCUAGUUGUGGUGGAAGAAUAUGAAGGUUUACAAGAAGAAGAAAAAAGAGAAGUUGUGGAGGCCAUGCUAAAAAAUUACAUUCCAAUACUUUAUUAA